AACACAGUGUUUUUAUUACUUUUGUCUCCUUAUAAGGAAUGAAAACAGAAAUCAGCUGUUUUGGGAUGUUGGAGGCUGAUCCAGGUAUAGCCCCUCUGAUAUUAAAAUGCCACAGACUAAUUUAUAGUUGUCAUCAUCGGUGCUCAUAAAGUGGUGUUAUGGGCUGAGCGGAGGAGGAGCGGGUGGGGCCUGGGCUGGGAACACAGAGGCAGACUGUGGUCACUGACCGGAGACUCUACUGGCUUUUAUUCCACUCAAAUCAGACCGCAUGUCUGACCCAGGGGUCCGCCUGCUGCCCGGAGCGAACUGCACUCGGUCCCCCGAUAUUUGACAGAUGGAUGCUGAGCUGUCGUGAGGGGAGGAGGAUGAAAAAAUCGGCUGAUAUAUUUUUUGGCAUUUUCGCUCAUAGCCUAUUUAUGGGAGGCAGCGGCGGCUUGGCCCUUUCUUUAUUAUAGGAACGAGAUCUCCGCGGUUAGCUAUGUGAAGAGCAGAUCGCCUAAUAAUUCUCGUUUCGCGAUCCUGAGGAAUAAUUAUGAACAACGCGCAAGAUAUGUCGCCCGAUUUCGUGUUGAUGCGCCUGGUUUCCGCGGCCGAGGAUGACCGCUUGGACGCAGAAAACGGGAAUCUGCCGCCGGGAGGAGUGGUGGCAGGGCUGGGGAAGGAGGUCCUGGCUCACAGCGGCGUCAAAGCGGGGUUGGAUAUCAGCCGAGAUCCGACGGCGGGCCUCGAGCAUCCCAGCAACCGUCUGAACAAAGCGCAGCCGAGCGGCGAGGGCACGGCUGCACCUGACACCGGGGGGACGGAGAGCCGAGCCCCGCUGUCCGCGCCUCCUCCGCCGCAGAGCCCCAUGGAGGCCCAGGGCUUCGACUUCGCUCCCAGCCCCGGCCUACGGCCUCAGCUGCUGGUCUUCUCCAAUAUAAUGCGGAACGGAGAGGGGAUUUUAGAAUUAGACCGACGGAAUCAGCCGAGGGAUGCUCUGGGUUUGGACCAGAGCCCGGGGUCUGGCUGCUCCGGCCCGACUGUCAAUAACAACACCCUGAGUCCGGGAGACGUCCAGCAGCAGCAGAACCUGCUGGACCGGACAUGGGGAGCGCAUCCGCCGGUAACCGCGGACAUGCAGGGAGCUGCGGAGCUGUGCCGCCGACAUCGACUCAUCACUACCCCGCCCGAGUGGCCCUUGUUGUCGGAGAGAUCCAACCCUCUCACCGUGAUUGACUCUAAAUGGGGAUGCGCCACCAGGGACCGAGAGGGAGCCGUGUUUGAGCUGGCCCGACGGUUCGGGGAGCUGGGGGUCGGUGCGGUACCCAAGAUGCUGUUCAAAGCAGGGGAGCUCCCGCAGUGUUCGUGUCAGGGCGCACACGGGCCGGCAGGAGGGGGAGUAGAGCCCGGGGAUGACCCGACAGAGACCAGCGAUGCAUUGUUGGUCCUGGAGGGGCUGGGGAGCGGGGAUGUUGCCGGCCUGGGCAUGGACGAGUGCCCGGAGGGUGAGACGGAUGAUGAGAACGGACGCCGCGAGUAUUUGCUCAACAGGAAAAGGGAAAUAGUUCAGAAAAUGUCCGGGACUUUCUCCAUCAGCAGCUUCCAAGCGGAGCUGAGGAGGCAGGUGGAGGGGAUGGCCCCGGCGGCGACCGAGGCGGCGGCAGCAGCGCACCUUGGCGCGCAGGUGUGCAGCCUCCACGGGAACUUAGCCAGCCGCCUCUCGCAGGUAAGCUCCGGGGAUUCAGAGGCUGUCGCCCAGGUUGCAACCAUGUCACCGUCACCUACACCGGUCCAGAACUCCCCUUGGACCACAAGCCCAAACCCGAGCCAGGCGUCGACACCCAGAAGGCGGCCGGAGCGGUGCGCCAGUGCGCCGCGGACUCCCACAGGAUGGGCCGCGGGUGCGGAAAAGACCCUCAAAGUUCCGGGGAAGUCCAAAAAGGGCUCGUUAAAGAUCCGCCUGAGUAAACUGUUCCGGACUAAAAGCUGCAGCGGCUCCAAUCACCUGCUGGACAAGAGGCCCUCAGUGACCUACUCAGUAUCUUCUGCCGGGAGUCUGGUGGACAUGGCGAGCAGCGCAGGUCCGGAGCAGGAUGCGGACAGCCACAGCCAGCCCAGACUGACCAGGGCCCACAGUGCCUUCUCUCCCGCCUCCCUCUCUGCCUCCCUCUCUGCUUUCACUGGUGAGACUGUUUCCCUGGUGGAUGUGGAUAUUUCACGGCGAGGGGCGAACACGCCACACCCUCCCACGCCUCCCCCUCCUCCACGUCGAAGUCUCAGUUUGUUAGAUGACAUAGCCGGGCCUCAGCCUGGGCCUUUCCUAGUGAGUGUUAUGGGCGCCUCCCUGCAGUCCCUCCCCCUGCCUCUCCCUCCUCCUCCUCCUCCCUCCCACGCCACCAUCCAGCACAGUCUCAGCCUCAAUGACGCCUUCCUCCGGGCACUUCCUCAUUCGUCCCCAUCGCCGGCUGAUGCUCAACCCCCUUCCAGACAGGCCCCGCCCCCCAUGCUGUGCGCCCUGCGGCGGUCUGAGGCCAGCAACUUCACCGCCAGUCUGAGAGAGCUCGAGAAGUGUGGCUGGUACUGGGGUCCCAUGAACUGGGAGGACGCAGAGAUGAAGCUGAAGGGGAAACCGGACGGAUCCUUCCUGGUCCGAGACAGCUCGGACCCCCGAUACAUCCUGAGCCUCAGCUUCAGGUCGCAGGGAGUCACACACCACACACGCAUGGAGCACUACCGAGGGACGUUCAGCUUGUGGUGCCACCCGAAGUUUGAGGACCGUUGCCACUCGGUGGUGGAGUUCAUCGAGCGAGCCAUCAUGCACUCCAAGAAUGGCAAAUUCCUCUACUUCCUCCGCUCCAGAGUCCCAGGGCUUCCUCCCACCCCGGUUCAGCUGCUGUAUCCUGUAUCUCGCUUCAGCAACGUGAAGUCACUACAACAUCUCUGUCGCUUCUGCAUCCGACAAAUAGUCCGCAUCGACCACAUCCAGGAGCUUCCACUGCCCAGACCACUAAUAUCCUACCUGAGUAAGUUUUAUUACUACGACCCCGAGGAGGAGAUGUACCUGUCAAUCAAGAGCAUCCGGAGGGUGGUGGGAGCAGAGCAGGAGGCUGAGUCGCAGACGUAGCAGCAGAGAUCUUCUCAGCUCAAGUUUUCUGUAUGGAGGACUGAUCUGUUCUGGUCUGCCAGCAUCAGCCAGUCAGAGUCCCUGGAAAUCUCUGUGUCCAGAUGGACUUGGAUGGACCCGCCUCUCUCUUGAUUUGGACUAACAAAAAGAGGGACCAGUGGGAAAACUGUCAAUGAGAAGUUCAGACGCAGAGGACUCAGCCUCGUCUUCUGAGGGACUGCAGAGAUGUUGGUUUGAAACAAAAGGAAAACGUGAAUAAUGAACUUGAUUUGAACGUGCUGAACCGGACGUUUAAAAACACAAUGCACUGGUCAAUUUGUACAACUGUUGUUUGCUGCCGUUUCCUUGUUUUUCCUUCCAGUCUGUUAAAAUGAGGGUUUUUUGGAUUUAAAGUUGCCCUCAGGACAGAUAUACACACAGAGGCAGGGCGUCCGACCAUUCAAACAGUCUGCAUUGCAGGAGAUAUUACUGAUUUCCUAUCCCAGAAUGCCUCUUGACAACCUUUAGAUAAAGGUUUGAUGGUGUCUCCUGUCAGAUCUGUACUGAGCAUGUGCAACUCAACUGAGAUACAAAGGAAACAGGAUGUCUCACUCGUUAGCUACUUCAAUUAUCAGCUCUGUAAGGGCGGAUUCACGGAAUCACGUGGUGGCAGAAAUAUAUGCUGAUUUAACUGCAAACAAUCACAUAACAAUAUUCGCUUGUAACAAAAAACCCAAAUGAAGAUAUUUGAACUCAUUGAACGUUAUAUUAUUAUGGCAGUGAAGCACUGACCAGAAACAUCUAAAGUUGGCAUUCCUAAAUCUUCAGACCUUGGUGUAAAAUGUGGCCAUAACAUCAUUAAACUAUGUGUGUUCAUUUCUGUCUUUUAAAGCGUUAUUGUGAAAAAUGUAUCAGAAUUUCUGUGUCAUUUGACACCAAACUGCGGUAGAUCCGCCCCUGCAGCUCUGGAGCUAAUAUUAAUAACUUAACAGAGAAUUUGGCACCACUUUUUAUAACCUUAUCUUAGUUAUCUAAAAAAUGUGCUUGUUGUUGCUACAUGUGUACAGAUGAGAUGUACAUAGAAGGCCGGAGGUAUACGUGCUUUAAACUCGAUAUUUAGAGAGCACGGCUGCCGAUGGCUGAUAUAUAAUGCUGAUAUCAAAACAAAGAAAACUCAUGUAUAAUUUUAUUCUAUUCUAAAGGUAAUUCAGGCGUAUGUUUACAGCAGGAUGCAUGAGAGUUACAGUACAGGUAAUUGUCCUGAUGAAUCGUCUGACCUAUGAUUGUGUGGCUAUGAUAACUGCCUCCCGUAUCGUUUGGACCGCAGUGUGAACAAGUGGUUAAAGCCACCAUAUCAUCAGACUGCGUCAAGAAGACGUUUUAAAAAGUCUUAAUCAAGUCAUUCUGAAUUAAACACGAGCUAAUGUUGGAAGUAGCUGACGAGUGAGUCAUCUUGUUUCCUUUUCAUCUCUGCUGAGAGUUGCACAUGUGCAGUACCGAUCGGGCCGGAGUUGUGUCCGACACUUAUAGCACAACAUGUCCUGGAGCUGCAUUGCAUUCUUCGCCUACUGAGGCUCCUGUUGGUAUAUAAUUUGAUAUCUGUUGCUCUGACAUGACAAGAUUUCACCUGUUUACAUUUGAACAGGUAUUCACAGGAACAUGGAGUAAAAACCAAAGAUAAAAAAAUAUCUAUCAGAAAUGCAAUUUACAAUACGAACCGCUGAUUUUAACAGAGUUACAGAGUUUUAUUCCAGAUAGCUCACUGGAAUUAAAGAACAAUGCACAAAGGGAGCCUCUCUUUAAUGUUAAAGGGACAGUUCAAAAUAAAAAAAACAUAUUCUUCCUCUUACCUGUAGUGCUGUUUAUCCACCUGGAUUGUUUUGGGUUGAGUUGUAGAGUUUUGGAGAUAUAAAUGUCGGCCUUUUCUCCACUAUGAGAACAGUUUCAUGUAGGAACGAUUUUUUGCUUCCUACAUGAAACUGCUCACAACAAGGUCUGUGGAUGAACUUGAGUAACUGGGUCAUGAUUUCUGGAAAGAGACAUCGCUGUUGAGUCUUUCAAAUGUAUUUUUUCUGGCGCUUUGAGCACCACAAGCUGAGUGCCAUCUGGUUCCAUUAUAUUGGAGAGAAGGCAAACAUCUCUACGGCCAGUAUCUCCGAAAAACACCCCUGAUCUAGAUCAGUGGCUCGGGACCCCCACUAGGGGACGCCAAAACUUUUUGGGGUGUUGUGACGCCUUUUUGAAUUCAAAAAGUGUAAGAAAACGAAUUAAAAAUAUACACAGCAGGCCUAUAGCUCAGCAUUUAGGUUACUUCUGUGAAGAAAUGUGAAUGUAAAUUCUUUAAUAGAACAAUGGCCAAGUGCCUGGGACAAGAAAACACAAAAUUUGUCUAAAAAGAAGCUUAGUAAGUCUGUAUGAUUCUUAAAAAAGAUACAUAUAUAUAUAUAUAUAUAUAUAUAUAUAUAUAGUUUGGGUUCAUUGUACAGUUUGAAUAUAACAUGAAAUAUCUAUCAAAUAUGUCAGUUUACUAAAUGAACCGUCCCUGAAGGAAAAAGCUCGGGACCCAGUGAUCUAGAUGGAUAAAUAACAGGUAUGUUUUAGAUUUUGUGGUGAACUGUCCCUUUAAGAUGACCACAUGUUUAAAGCACUGACGUCUUAGACAAUAAAAAACAACAGAAGAGAGAAAACUAACGUGGAGUUUAUUCGCAUUAGCAUAAUGAAUUUGUUAUUCGUUACUGUGCUGGGAGUUUAUGAGCCCAGAUGUCUCUUCUUUGUUCUUUUUUUUUACCCACAAUGCCCUGUCAAAGUGUGUAUAUCUGCCACGACUCGUCUCUACCUGUCAGUUUUGUUGAAAUGCCCAGGUGUGUUUUGCUCAUUCUAUUUCUCAGAACCCUGAAGCUGGCGACUGGCUCAGCGUUUUCAGUAAAAAAAAGAAGAAAAAAUAAA